AUGCUCUAUCCCCGACGUUGUGUGAGCUCGGCUGCUGCAGUGACUACAACGGAGGCUGCGCAGCAAAGAAUACUUGACAUUCUGAAGCGCCGGAACCUCGAGGCCCCCCAGGCCACCAUGAGUUUGGAAAUGGUCCAUUCGGGCUGUAAAGGCAAUAGCUACAAAUUCGAACCAAAGCAGGCACCACCUCCCCAUUUCGUCAAAGUUGCACCCAGGGUAUGUGUGCCACUACCCCAACUCACAGACCUUGUCGGACUCCAUAUCGACUGGGUCGACACUGACACCGAAUCGAAAUUUACCUUUACCAACCCACAAGCCAAGUCCACCUGCUCCUGUGGAAAGUCAUUUGCUACAUCCAAAAAAGCAGACCCCAUGUCCUGCGCUACUGUCAACCCUUAG